UAACUCAUGACGUGUUGCUUUUCUUUUCCUCUCGGUGAGAAAGUGGCUCUCCCUUCCCCGGAGUCAGGUCCUCUCUGCCACCCAGAGCCACAAAGAGACGCUCCGGGCGCGGACGAAUUUAAGGUGAGCGCCAAAAAAACUUGGUCCGCAUUCCUCCUCAAACUGCUGAAGAGUUCUGAGAGCGCCUCAACUCGCCGGGGAGCUCUGCGAAAGUGAAGAAGAUUCUUUUGGCUGUAAAGAUGAAGAGUCUACUUUUUCUGGUGCUGAUCUCUGUCUGCUGGGCUCAACCUCACCCUGGCAACUCAAGCCUGGAGCAUGAAAGGAUUGUUCACAUUCAAGAAAACGGGCCCCGUCUCCUGGUGGUAGCAGAGCAAGCCAAAAUCUUCUCCCAGCGCGGCGGCAACAUCACACUGCCAUGCAAGUUCUACCACGAGCACACCUCCRCCGCCGGCGCCGCCGGGCCCCACAGGAUCCGCGUCAAGUGGACCAAACUCACCUACGAUUACCUCAAGGAGGUGGACGUGUUCGUGGCCAUGGGGCARCACAAGAAGAGCUACGGCAGCUACCAGGGCCGGGUGUGGCUGCGGCAGAGCAGCGAGAACGACGCCUCGUUGGUCAUCAGCGGCAUCACGCUGGAGGACUACGGCCGCUACAAGUGCGAGGUCAUCGAGGGGCUGGAGGAUGACACGGCGGUGGUGACACUCAACCUGGAAGGUGUGGUGUUCCCUUACUCACCUCGUCUGGGCCGCUACAACCUCAACUUCCACGAAGCGCGGCGGGCGUGCGCCGAGCAGGACGCGGUGGUGGCCUCCUUCGACCAACUCUACGACGCCUGGAGGUCRGGGCUGGACUGGUGCAACGCGGGCUGGCUGAGCGAUGGCUCGGUGCAGUACCCCAUCACCAAACCCCGCGAGCCCUGCGGAGGCAAGAACACCGUGCCCGGAGUCAGGAAUUACGGCUUCUGGGACAAGGAGAAGAGCCACUACGACGUCUUCUGCUUCACCUCCAACUUCAACGGCCGCUUCUACUACCUGAUCCACCCCACCAAGCUGACCUACGACGAGGCGGUGGCGGCGUGCCAGAAGGACGGCGCCCAGAUCGCCAAGGUGGGGCAGAUCUUCGCCGCCUGGAAGCUUCUGGGCUACGACCGGUGCGACGCGGGCUGGCUGGCGGACGGCAGCGUGCGUUACCCCAUCGCGAGGCCGAGGAAGCGUUGCAGCCCCAACGAGGCAGCCGUGCGCACCGUGGGCUUCCCCGACAAGAAGCACAAGCUUUACGGUGUCUACUGCUUCAGGGCCUACAACUGAGGGAGAUUUUUUUUUUUUUUUUUAAGGGUGGUUGAGAGCAUGUGAAAGGUUUUCUUUUUUGGUUUUUUUUUUCGGUAUGAACUCAUGCAAGCUACCAAAACUGUGAUAAACCUCUUUUACUUACUGUAAAGAGUCAUUUUUCAUAGAUACCCUCU